GGUUAUAAUCCUCCUGAAGAUCACUCAGGUGUGAUGAUGGAGUCGUCCAUCCCAGUCGACCGUGGUGACGUGGAAUCCUCUUCAGAGGAGGCAGAUCCGGUGGACCAGAGUGGACACGUCCAUCCCACUGAAAUCCCAACAGCAGACGUCAUCACAGACUCAGACGACUCCACCGAUGCUCCUGCUCGAAACCACGACCCCAUCACUCCGUUCACGUCCGUAACCCUCUCUCCCCCGUCGGUGGAGGUUGAAUCCAGCUCCCCAGAGAUUAUCCCCCUCAUGCCUGAGAGCAACGCUUCGUCUGGGGUGGAACCUCUGGAGGACAUCCAGGAACAUAUUCAACUGCAGAAAAUACAAGAGAGCCAAGAAGCGUUUCUCAGCACAUUGCAAAGCGUCACAGACAGUGACCCGGAGGGGAGGGACGGACACGAGACGGAGGGAUCAGGUGAAUCAUCGGGACAAAGCCCGGAGAUGAAACCACAACAUCUGGUGACAAACCCGACCGUAGCAACAGACCACGCCUCUGAGGGAACAGAUGGCGAGGUCGGAACCGAGGCACCUCCUCGUCCAGAUGUUAAAAUCACACUGAUCCCUCAUCCAACCCUGACCCCCGGCUGGGAACCAGAGGCCUCCUCCUCCUCCUCCACAGCGCAGGAGUCCCGCUCUGACAGAGAAUACAGCGCUGAGGACACCGAUGAGGUCACAACAGAGGUCACAACAGAGGUCAACACCGGCAGCGUCAGCGAAGGUGGAUCUGAGGCAGGUGAGACCGGCACAGGAGAAAUAUUCACGUGGCGUCCAGGUGAGGACGAAGAGAACUCGACUCUCACCACAGACGCUCAUGAUGUGAACGCUGCCGCCACCAUGAACCCAGAGAAUCACCAAGAGGAGGAACAGGAAGCCGUGGGUGCCGGACUUCCUGCUGUGAGACCAGCAGCUGCUUCAGACUGCCUGGAGAAGCCUUGUUUGAAUGGAGGCACUUGUGUCGACGGUGAAACGAGAAAGUGCUUUUGUCUGCCGGCUUACGGAGGAGAUUUGUGCCAGACAGACCUGGAGGUGUGUGAGCCGGGCUGGGAGAAGUUCCAGGGCUUCUGUUACCAUCACUUCACCAAGAGGCAGAGCUGGGAGGCGGCGGAGCAGCACUGUCGGAUGUGCGGCGGACACCUGAUUUCCCUCAUGACCCCAGAGGAGCAAGACUACGUCAACGACAAAUACAGAGAAUAUCAGUGGAUCGGACUAAAUGACAGAACCAUAGAGGGAGACUUCCGCUGGUCGGACGGGAACCCUCUGCUCUAUGAGAACUGGUACAGAGGCCAGCCAGACAGCUACUUCCUGUCCGGCGAGGACUGUGCGGUGAUGGUGUGGCACGAUGGCGGCCAGUGGAGCGACGUACCCUGCAACUACCACCUGUCCUACACCUGCAAGAAGGGUGUCUCCUCGUGUGGCGAGCCCCCGCAGGUUCCCUACGCCAAGGUGUUCGGGAAGAAGCGUCUGCGUUUCGAGACCAACACCAAGGUGCGGUACUACUGUGAAGAGGGUUUGGUUCAGAAACUGAAUCCUGUAAUCAAGUGCCUGCCCGGUGGCCAGUGGGAGGAGCCUCUGAUCACCUGCACGCCACCUCGCUCAGUGGAAGAAGACGUGGUCACGUCGCUGCCUCACCAGCCCGAAGAGGUCGUCAUGGAGGUCACGGGUGCAGCCACGGAGAGAGCAGCGCCGCUGUUCUGGGACAUUAAGUGGGAUGUGUAGAAACAUCCUUUCCUUUAUUUCUUCUGUUGAAUCUUCUCUUCGUCCCAUUGUCUCACUCGUCUUGUGUCUCACGAGACGUUCCAGCCCAGUUUCUGCAUCGAGUUAAAGUAAUCUUUCAUCUUAAAGAAACCUUGAGGAGAGAUUUUAAGAAUAAUGUAGUUUAAUGAGAAUACGUUCGUAAAUUAACAAGAA